UUAAUUGGAUUUGGAGGGAGCGUUAUAUCGGUGGGAACAGAAGCCACUUCCGUUCUCGUUGGUGGGCGGCAAUAGCUCUGUUUUAUGGAGUUUAAAAUAGUAUAAUAAUACAUAUUGUGACGUUUAGAAAUAGCUCGGCUUGUGUCGAAGGGAUUUGAAAUCAAUAUACUGAUAUUUACCUGUAGCGGAGGCUUCGUGCUGUCUUCCUUUGCGGGAUUUAUUAUGGUGUAACAGGAGCAGCUUCUCGAGAGACAGCAGGUGAUAGAAACCCGAGCAGCAAUGCUGACGCUGGCGAGCAAGCUGAAACGGGACGAUGCAGUAAAGAGUGGCCGCAGCAACAGUGCCGCCGCAGACUCUGCGCGAAGGGUGUCUAUACGAGACAGGCUGCUGGUGAAAGAAGUUGCAGAACUAGAAGCAAAUCUUCCAAAUACGUGUAAAGUGAAUUUCCCUGAUGUAAACAAGCUCCACCACUUUCAGCUAGAUGUCACUCCAGAUGAGGGCUAUUAUCAGAGUGGAAAGUUCCAGUUCGAAGUAGACGUUCCUGAAGCUUAUAAUAUGGUGCCUCCGAAGGUGAAGUGUUUGACUAGAAUAUGGCACCCAAACAUCACAGAGACAGGCGAAAUCUGUUUAAGUUUACUCAGAGAACAUUCAAUUGACGGUACAGGCUGGGCUCCAACAAGAACACUAAAGGAUGUUGUGUGGGGACUGAAUUCAUUAUUUACUGAUUUGUUGAAUUUUGAUGACCCCCUGAAUAUUGAAGCAGCAGAGCACCACCUCCGUGACAAGGAUGAUUUCCGGUGUAAAGUUCAAGAUUUUAUCAAGCAAUAUGCCAGAUGAUGAUGGCAGUCCAGCCUUCCUGAGCCUGUGGAUUACACUCUGUGCUGCUGAGCCUCCUAUCUCUUGACUUGUGUCAGAUAUAAAGGAAUUGGGAAAUAUAUAUAAUUUACAGUAAGAAAUUAAAAAAAAAAAAAAAAAAACUCCACUGGAUUGUACCAAUAGUGCUGUAUCAGUAUUCAACUGAUGAUACAAAGUGAAAAGAAAAUGUACUCUGCCUAUAAAAGUACCCAUGUCAUGGGGGGGUUUCUUGGGGGUGGGGGGAGGGGGUCAGCAUUAAUACAGAGAGGGUAACUGUGUGCAAGUUCUCUAUUUAAAAGAAGGAUAGACCCAUGGCACCCUCUCUUCCAAUACCAGUGCCAGACAACACCCCCCCCCCCCCCCCCCCCCCCCCCCCAAGAAAUGCUUCAAGAGAACAAUCGCCUCAUCACUUUAAUUUUUAAACUGUUUACACAUGUGCAGCAACAGCAAAACUCUAAAGCAAUCCAAUCCUACCUGCUUUCUGAAGUAUUAAUAGCAUGUUGAUAACAGGGGGAAGAUCUUUGUUUUGUUUUAGUAUUAUCUGUUACACAUUAAAUCUUUCUUUUUAAAGUGCUGUCAUUUUAUCUUUUAGAUUUUGUUUGAAUGGUACACAGUGGGUGAGAUAUAUAGAUAUAUAAUGCAAGCUAUAUAAAUACAUGUCAAGAAUUUUGCACCGCAGUGUGUGUGUGUAUAUAUAUAUAUAUAUAUAUAUAUAUAUAUAUUAUAUAUGUGUGUGUAUAUAUGUGUAUAUAUAUAUAUAUAUAUAUAUAAUAUAUAUAUAUAUAUAUAUAUAUAAUUACACACACACACACACACACACUGCUGUGCAAAAGUCUUGACAUGUUGCAUUUUUCUACUCUGAUGCAUUAUGAGCAGCAACAAUUUACUCAAAGCCUCCCCUAGUGUUUUCUACUAUUAUAACAACCUUGACUUGCAUAAAGAAGGAAACACAUUGAGUGAAAUAGCUUGCAUCACUUGAUUUUCAAGGUGUGGUAUCCGAAGCAUAAUCAACAAGUACAGAGAAACCUCAUUUGUAAUUGACAAACCCAGGACUGGAAGACCCAAAAAGCUGUCUAACAAGGAUGAGCAAUACUUGAAGAUAAUAUCCUUAAGGAAUAGAAAGAAGACAAGCGUUGAAUUGACAACAGAACUGGCAGAAGGCACAGGUGUAGUUGUCCAUCAAAUCAACAGUACGAAGGUCACUCUUGAAAUCAGGACUUAAAGGACGUGUUGCAGUAAGAAUACCUCUGUUAAGAAAGGGGAACAAGACAAAAAGGCUAAAAUAUGCACAAGAACACAGAAUUUGGACUAUGGAACAAUGGUCAAAGGUGCUUUGGACUGUUGAUGGAUGGACGACGACACCUAUGCAUUCUGCCAGUUCUGUUGUCAAUUCAUGCCAGACAGUACCGUAGCAUGCACAUUUUAGAACACCCCAUUGCUUCUGUUUUGAUUUGUUGUGCAUAUGAAAUAAAAUCACUGUAACAGAAACUCUUGGAGAAUUGUCAAAAUAAGCACAUUUGUGAUUGUUUAAUUUAAUUGAUGACUUUAAUAGGCCACACAUGCAAUUCAUUUAAAAUAGUAAAACAAAAGGAGCAAAUAACAUAACCAUAAGAAAUGGUAAAAUGCAUGAGACUUUUUCAAAGUUGUUUAAGGUGCCUAAUUAAAGCAGAAAGUGGUUUAACA